AUGGAGCGUUACCUAGGUUUGAAACAAGGACCUACAGCUUCACAAGUUCUCCAAAGAAAUCCAAAGUUCAAGUCACUCUUCGACCAACUUGGUUUCAGGCCUCAGGCAAGGGAAGCAGAUGUUGUAGCUCUCAUGAACAUUUCCGCGGAAUCUAAUCCCCAUUACUUCACCGCUCAACCCCAAAGGUCAUUCUUGGAAAAUGAUAAUGCUAUCGUUUUCACGGAUGAAGACAUGGAGGUCCCAUAUUCGGAUCACAAAAGGCCACUCUAUUUGGAGGGACAAAUCAACGAUGUGUUUAUAAGAAGGGCUUUGGUAGACACGGGUUCCUCUGUCAACAUAUUACCCUUGUCCGUGCUUACAGCAGCUGGCAUUCCAUUAUCCAAAAUUAUUCAAUCACAAACAAGCAUCAGUGGUUUCGGAAACAAAAGUGAAGUCACAGUCGGGCACAUGCAAGUAAAUUUGAAGGUUGGAUCAAUUCGGUCACUUACUAAGUUUUAUGUCGUAGAUGUGGAUGUGGCUUAUCAUGCUUUGCUUGGGAGGCCAUGGCUUAAUAAGCAUAAGCUUGUGGUCUCUACUUACCAUCAGUUCGUGAAAGGAAGGAUUGGGCUAAGGCCGCUACGAAUACCCGAAAACCAAGCACCGUUCAACAAAAACGAAGCUCACUACUAUGAGGCAAAGUUUUACACCGAAUGCACAGGUGCCGGAAGCAACCCAUCCAAGGAUUUCGGGACUUACCUUCCUUCGUGGACUGAAAUUCGUGAUCUAAGCAAUGAAGAGCUCAUCACCAUUGUCGACCGAGAAAGAAAGAGACACUCGGAGGUCAACAAUCAUGCCUAUGAUCAUCCCCAAUGCUCGAAAGUGACGCUGCCCGAUGGGUGCACUGUGUACCGCUUAUGA